AUGAGAUUAUUAGCAGCAUUUCUUUUAGUUAUUUAUGCAGCACAUAAUGGAGUAUUUGCAAGAGAUCAUAUUGUUUCAUUAUCAAAAGGUGAAAGUUUUGAAUUAAAUAUUGAACAAGGUGAUAGAAUUAAUUUCCAUGUAAGAGAUAAUAAUAAACAUGUUUUAACCAUUCAAGGAGAAUCUCAAUCAUUUGCAAACCUUUCUCCAAAAGAUUCUGCCAAGCAACAAUUUAAUGAAGCUGGUGAAUUCAUUGUUACCGAUUCAGCUAAUAUCUAUGUCAAUAAGGUUAUAGUAAGUCAAAAACAACAACAAGAUCAACAAAAAUGGUUUGAAAAGGAUGCUAAAGAUCAUGCCAACAAAAUGGCAGCAACUAAAGAUAUGGAACAACAUGAACAUGAGGAUCUCCAAAAUACAAAUGAUGCUCAAAACAAUGAAAAUGCUAAACCAAAUUCAGCAGCCACCAAAGAUUCAAAUACCGCUAACAAUAAAGCUAAACCAUCAUCAAAUGUUAGUGAUAACAAAGAAAACAAUGCUUCCAAUAAAGCCAAACCAUCAUCAAAUACCAAUGAUGCCAAACCAAAGACUGAUGAAACUAAAACCAAAGCUGGUUCACCAAAAACUGAUGCCAAACCAAAAACUACUCAAGAUGAAUCCCUUGAUAGUGCUGAUCCAGAAGCAAAAGCUGGUGACAAAGCUAAACCAAAGACUGAUGCCACUGCCUCUGGUAAUACCUCAUCAACCCUUGUUGUCAAUGUUUUGCUUUUAGCUGCAUCUGCUGCUUUAGCUCUUGUCCUUUAA